AUGUGCCUUCCUCUAAAGGACGCAGUAAUCUAUCCACUUCGACUGCAAACAUCGCUAAGUAUUCUUCCUGAAGCCAACUCUGAUAAGCUUAUAGUUCAAGAGCGCUAUAAGAGCCAAGAAUUUUCACCCCUGUCUGGGUGGAGAUGCAAUCCGGUCCAACAAAAUCUACUUGUUAAUUCUGAUGGUGUCAAAGAAUUUGCUAUCUUACAAUUGGGCCUGAGAUUGAUUGAGAAAAUAUUUGGACCCGACGAGGAACAUUUGGUACUUAUUUCUGCCUUGGAUAACCCGGGUCAUGCUUACGCGUGCGUAUAA